AUUGUCUUGUAGACAAACAGUUUUUAUCUAAAUGCUGUUCACUGUAGAUGUCAGCAAGUCAGGCUCGUCAAGAUGGCGCCCGUACACCUGUGUGUGUUGCUCGUGGCCACCUCCUGUGUCUCGCAGACUUUCUCCAAGCCCUUGUCAGGUGGUAGUGGACGUCUCGAGAGGAGCGAUGACCCUCAGCCUCUUGCGGCGGUUGUGGACAACUUGUCCAGCAGGCUGGCCAGCCUAGAAGCCAGCAACACAGCACUUAAAAAUCAAGUAACAGCAUUGGAAAAUCAGCUGAGAGCAAAGCGAUGCGAGUCCGGAACCGUGCAGCUCUACCCCCAUGCCCAGCCCCCACAACAAGUGUCGGGUGAGACAAGGAGACCUCACACAGUCCACGUCAACUUUGACCUUCCCUUCCCCACCCAGCCUUGGGUGGUUGUCGCCAUCACUCGUCUGGACGUGGACAACAGGUUCAAUGUCAGGAUCAACGUAGGUGCGGAUGCCAUCUCCACUUCCGGUUUUGAUGCGCGUGCGUACGAGUGGGCGGACACUAACACCUUUAGUGUGUCUGUCGUCUGGGUCGCUUGUGACAUCUAAAGAUGAAAGGCGAUAACCAGCAUCAUCGGUUGUUUGAUAAUACUGACCGUGUGUGAUUACUUCCUGUUUACUAAUGACAAAUAAAACUUCAGAUAUUUCCUCU